ACAGGUGUUCAUCAUUUAGGAGCAGCAGGUGUUGGAGACGAGGACAACAGGAGAGAGCGUCGCGUUUGACGGAAAAUACCGCAUUUAAAAAGGAAAAUUCAUAUAUAUAUUUUUACGCAAAAGAGAACAGUAAUGAUCCAAAUCGGCUUGAAGCUGAGCGUGGUCCUCGUGCUUCUCGCUGGCUUCACGCGCCACCAUGUUGAGGGUGUCUGCAGUGUGGAGCAUUGCACUGACCGCACAAGAUGUAUUCUGUCUAAAGACCAAAGAAGCUGCAAAUGUGCAGUUGGGUAUUAUGCUGACCAGUGUGACAAAAAUGCGCACAUCAAAGUAAUAUGCAGCAAAGACUUCAUAGGAAUCAGAGUGAUAGAAGAUUUCUUCAGGUAUCACAAGGUGCCACUGGAGUCUCUGCACUUGCCCAACAAAUCUUGCCGUGCUCAGAGAAAGGUCAUCAACGGUGUGCCGUACUACCUAUCCAAGAUAUCUAAAGACAAAUAUGUAACCUGCGGAGGCAAGCCGCUGGAGAAAAACUUCACUCACAUCUCCUAUUCUCUGAGUCUACUGUCAGACGCUCACGUUACUGGAAACAUCAUCAGAGAUCCAGUCAUUAAGAUGGACUUCACAUGCUUCUAUCCAUACAUCAGAAGAGUCAGCCUGCCUUUCCCAAUCAUCCCCUUUUCCACCGAGACGGUGAUGCGUGUAGAUGAACUCGAUGCCACGAUACAGAUGAUGUUGUACACUGACCAAUCCUACUCUGAGGCCUACAGUAGUGCCCCCACCAUUGAACUCAGAGACAAGGUGUAUGUGGAGGUGACGGUCACAGAGCCUGCAGAUUUCUUCCUGCUGCGGAUUAACGAGUGUUGGGCCACACAGUCUGCCCAGCCGAAUACUACAGAGGAACUGGUUCACACUCUGAUUCUGAACGGGUGUGUGAACGACAGAACUGUUUCCUUUCUUAACACGAGUGUGGGACAGUCUGGCCAUAAUGGAGAGAGUUCCACCAUUCGCUACAGUUUCGACAUGUUUCGUUUCACAACAGAACCUCACGAGCUCUAUCUACACUGCACUGUUCAACUGUGUGAGCCAGACGACCCCAAGUCCUGCACACCUAACUGUAAUUCUAUCACUAAGAGAGAAGCGGUGAGAGCAGACCCCAGUCUGGGCCUCCUCUCAUAUGGACCCAUCAGGAUUGAAAUGCCAGACAGACCUCAGUCCAGCUUACUGACAACGGUGGUGCUGCCUGUAGCAGGUGUCUGGACUGUAGGCUUCUUCCUUAUCAUCCUCAUCACUGUAGCCAAGGCAGGCAGCAGGAGGCUGGCACCAAUGGGGGAGCACUGACGAAAGUAUUGCUACUGUGGGCAGCUUGAAUAAAACU